CCUGGUAUUUAUAUUGCAAUGCACGAGGGUUUAAAUACCCACUGGGAAUAUGUGCCUGGAUGAUUGUGCUUAACCCAUGCUCAUUCAGAGGGUGCCGGACUGUGCUCUCUCCCUCCUUUCUCUGCUCUCCGUUCAUUUAACCCCGGCUGCCUUCCACUAGCCUUUGCCCACUAGGCUUGCUGGCCCUGAGCGCAUGAAAGUGCAGUGAGUGGAGAAUGAGCAUGCCUUUCUCUGAGGCGGCGUGGCUGUGCCUGGCUGUCACCGCAGGCUCGGGGGCCAUCAUUCUUUGCAAAUACAAGAGCCCUGGGCAGCUGGGGAGCCGGGUAGUCUGCCUCGCGGCCCUCUGGGGAGGGGCUUGCCUGCUCAGCCUGUCCCUCUUCUGGAGCUUGAUUCUUUUCUCCCUGUCGUGUUUCCUCUUGUACAUGCUCUCCUCGGGCCAAGAACUGCUACCCGUGGAUGGAAAGGCCGUCCUGGUGACAGGGAGUGACUCUGGGUUCGGUCAUGGUUUGGCCAAGCAUCUGGACAAACUGGGCUUCACAGUAUUUGCUGGGGUUUUGGAUGAAAACGGUUCGGGAGCAGAGGAAUUGCGAAGAUCCUGCUCCAAGCGCCUUUCUGUGCUCCAGAUGGAUGUCACCAACCAGCAGCAGAUAAAAGAUGCUUACAGCAAAGUCGUAGAAAAGGUGCAGGACAAAGGACUAUGGGCCGUGAUCAACAAUGCUGGGAUCCUUUGCUUCCCUAUGGACGGGGAGCUCAUUCCCAUGGCCGACUACAAAGCAUGCAUGGCCGUGAACUUCUUUGGAGCCGUGGAAGUCACCAAGACGUUUUUGCCCCUUCUCAGGAAAUCCAAGGGGAGGCUGGUGAAUAUCAGCAGCUUGGGAGGAGUGUUCCCACUGCAACAGAUGGCUGCUUAUGGCUCAUCAAAGGCAGCUCUUACCAUGUUCUCAUCAGUCAUGAGACUAGAGCUUUCCAAAUGGGGAGUGAAGGUCUCUGUCAUCCUACCAGGAGGCUUCCGAACAAGCAUAGGGGGCACAAGUGAGAGCUGGGACAAGAAAAUGCAGGUUGUCCUGGACCACCUGCCACCAGAGGUGCAGGAGGACUAUGGCCGGGACUACAUCCUCGAGCAGAAGAAUUUCCUCCGGUCUUUCAAAUUUUCUUGCAACCCGGACAUCACACCAGUGAUGCGCGUGGUCGAGCACGCUGUCUCCGCCAAGAGCCCCUCUGCUUUUUAUGAACCCGGGAGAGAUGUUUACAUGUCUCUCCUUAUGGCCUCCUUUGUCCCUACCAGUGUCGUUGAUUAUUUUUCGAAAAAAAAUUAUACCGUAGUACGGUCUUCAGACCUAGGCAUGCCCAAGUAGAACAAGGGCAGUGGCAAGCGAAUCUGUGUACUUCCCAUUAAAGCCAUUUCCUUCUCUCUGAA